GACCGGUAGGAGUAGCCGCCUCAGGCUUGUAAGCCGGACCGGCUCAGCGCUCAUUUUAGACUCUCCCGCUGGAAAAACCUAAGACGAAGCUUCUUCGCUCUCCGCUUUCCUCUUCGUCUCAAUAUUCGGGUCGUCGUCGAACCCGAACCCAAAUCCACAUCCGGAUAUCCGCCAUGGCAUGCCAACCUCGAGGAGCGGAUCAGGGCAGCGCCAGCGAAGAGCGCAACGGAAAUCGCCAAUUCUACAAUCCUUACCAGGAAUUGAAUCUCCCAUCUCGCUCAUUAUACAAACUCCCCGCCUCUCCGGAGUUUCUAUUCCAGGAGGAAGCCGUGGCGCAGCGUCGAUCUUGGGGAGAAAACCUGACCUACUACACGGGGAUCGGCUAUCUGGCCGGAGUGAGUGGCGGCGCCGCCAAGGGUUUUGCGACUGCAGUCAAGUCUAUUGAGCCGACCGAUACGCUGAAGCUGAAAAUAAAUCGGAUCCUCAACGGGUCGGGUCACGCCGGAAGGCAGAUCGGCAACCGGUGCGGCGUGAUCGGGCUGAUGUACGCCGCCCUGGAGAGCGGUAUGGUGGCGGCUAGGGAUACGGAUGACGUCAUCAAUAGCGUUGUGGCGGGGCUGGGUACUGGAGCUCUUUACAAGGCGGCGUCGGGGCCGAGGUCCGCCGCCGUGGCGGGGGCGGUCGGAGGAGUGCUUGUGGGGGUUGCCGUCGCCGGAAAACAGGCUUUGAAACGAUAUGUGCCGAUUUGAGUGACAUUAAAUUUGAAUUUGUUUAAUUUAGUUUCUUAUUCGGCUGUUUUGCUGAUCUAUGAAUCUUAUGAAUGGAUGAAUGUGUCAUUGGAGGUUCAGUUUUGAUUAUUGCUUAGUUUGCUGUAGAACAGAAAUAGAAUUAAGUUUGUAGCAAAUUAGGUCUGUGAUGUUUCAUACUUCCAUUGGCUUUUUAGUAUAUAUAUAUAUAUAUAUAAUGAUUAAGAUCU